GUCACCGCUACCCGCAGCGUGCAAACACCAUGCCCCUGCAUGAACUCCAAUUCGCGUCCCUUGUGCUUAUCUGUCUCCUCGUGCCGAGCUGCUCCUCCGACGGCCGCGACGAGAGCUGUGACAUUGGCCCCGACAACGCGGGCCGUCUCCGAGCUAACUGCAGCUCCCGGGGUCUGCGGGAUUUCCCCACCAACCUGAGAACGGACAUCAAGGUCCUGUGGGUGACCUCCAACCACCUGGUCGCCCCGACGUGGGCCGUCCUGGAGGGCCUCCCUCUCCUGGAGGAGCUGGACCUGGCCCACAACCGCAUCGUGCGCUUGACGCCGCGGGCGGCGAUGCCCAUCUUGCACAUUGACGCUUCGCACAACGCGCUCACCGAACUGCCACCACUCGGCUACCUCCUCCGCCUCACUCGGCUCAAGAUCAACGACAACCAGAUCGCACACUUGCCCGCGGACGCUUUCGCUGCCCUCGUCGAUCUCCAGGAACUUUUUCUCGGCAACAAUCGCCUCGGGACUCUCGACCAAAGCUCCUUCACCAACAUGGAUUCGCUCCGAAUGCUGUCCCUUCAUGGAAAUGACCUGGCUUCCGUUUCUGCUAACCUCAUGAGCUCAAUGAGUAAUCUGGAUGUGUUGGACAUCUCCAACAACAGUCUUAAGUCACUGCCGCGUGGAUUCUUUGAGCCGGUGUUCCUCUCCUACUUCUACGGCUACCAGAAUCAGUGGAUUUGCGACUGUUCUGUUGCCUACUUAUGGGAGUGGAUGCACGAUAUGAACGACGACAAGGUGUACAACAGCUUAUUGCAAAAGGACAUCGAAAGCAUUGUCUGCUCAGACCAUGGUCCACAUUCUGCAAGACCAUUGUAUAACUUGGACAAGGACUCUUUUUGUCCAGCAACUCUUGAUCCGAGCACAAAUGUCGCUAUACCCACUUUUCCGAUCCCUGUUGUGAAAACUACACCUAGACCUGCGACUACAGCAUCGCCCUCAGCACCAACAACAGUUCAAGGUAAACCGACCACCGCAUUUCAAAAGAUGACUACGGUUUCGUCAACAACAGCAGAAAUGACCACUGCCCAAGUCACAAACGUUCCCUCCACUGUCAAGGCGACUCUUAGCACGACGGAUCGAAGCCAGCACCGCUGUUAUGACCACUGCCCAAGUCACAAACGUUCCCUCCACUGUCAAGGCGACUCUUCGUACGACGGUCGAAGCCAGCACCGCUGUUCCCAGCGCCGCGGUGAUUCGCGUGAAGACCACCCCAUUGGUGGCGAGCACGGGGGAAGCAACGACGAGCCGAGUCGUCACCGCACGAGCGCAAACAACCACGCGGUCCUCAGACGACUUCACCAAUGCCAUCCCGCGUUCAAACUACACUCGCAACUGCAGCGCCGGCGACGACGACGACAGCGCGCGUGGUCGCAACAACCGAAGCGGACGCGCCGAGCAGCACCGCUUCACCCACAACUCUGCGUAAUCCGACCACGAGUCCACGUCAAACGACCGUAGCUCUUAGCGCCGUGCUGACACGGACGAGCGCGCGUUCUCGCGCAACUACUGAAGGCUACGGCGGCGAACCGACGACGGCUGGACGGAACGUGACCGUUGAAGGCACGGCCAUAGCUCGCACGUCUGCAUCGGCUCGCACUCGACGCUGGUGUCUCUGCCAACCGGAGAAGGCGGCCACUUCCCUGGAAACUCCGCGGGGAAAUCCGUGCGACAACAGAUAUCAACUUCCGUCGACAGGAAGGCCGGUUAACCGACGAUUCUCUUUCCGACGCUUCUUUUUCCGAUGCUUUAGCAAGUCACUUGAAGAGGCUCACCACGACGAGGUGCCUCAGGUACGGCAUCUUUCCCUGGCUCCUGCACCUCAUCCACGCGCUGAUGUUUCUGUCGCUCAUUUUCUGCAUUAGCCAGCUUCGGGGUUACCUGGUGGCCGAGCGGCACGCAGCCUCUAGGCCGACAGAGCAGGGCAGGCGCCGCCCCGACCAUUUGUCCCGGCGCUUCCAGCACGAGAUCAUCAACCACCCGCUGAACCUGCGCCACAGGAGGCUGCUGCCCAUGGGGGAGGGCACACUGCCCAGCGACGAGACGAAGCCAUUCCUCUUCCGCUUGAGACACGCCCCCGAGAAAGACCCGGGGCCCGAGGUCUCCAUAGUGUAUUUCUGAGGUUUCAUCAUCAUGGUCAUUAUCACUAUCAGCACCUAACAUUGAUAAUGCACCUCCCAUGCACAUAAAUCUCAGGGCACUCCUGCAGCAGGGGACCGCCGGUGGCCGCUGUGAGUUUCAAUUUGAACCUGGUCAGAAGUGGGUAUUAGUAUGCUGGUAAGUGUGUGAUGUUGCUAUAUUGCCGCCUAGACCGAGACCAAUAUCAUCGUGAAGUCGCACACGCCGUUAGGCAGCACUAAAGAAGAAGAAUUAAGUAAUUAAUAAAAUUUGCUACAUCUUGGACCGUGACAUGGGCUACUUUUAUUCGAACAACAUUGCGUUAUGUUUAGCUAUUAUUAUGAAGCUGAUGAUGCGUAUUUAAUGUUUAGUACAGCCACAGUAUUAACAAGGGCAGCCACUGAAAUUGAACCGCAAACCUUUGCAAAAAGUCUCGAAUGUGCUGUGGCUAGGCCAUGCCUCCACCCUAACAUGCGUGUUCGCGAUAUAGAAGAAUGAAAUUCGUAUUAAACAGAUGCAUACACUAGUGGUGGCUGGGAAUAAGAAUAUUCUUGAGAACAUGUUGGGAAACACCAGACAUUUGCUUAACUGGUGAGACGGUGUGACUACAGCAAGAAGAUUGUGGUCAUUGUCAGCCUGAAAUGCCUACAUAUUUGCCAUCGGCUUAAGUGUGAACCAUGUUUCAGUUUCAUUUAUUCGGAAUAACCCUGUGAGCCAUUCGGCUCUUGAUUCGGGUGAAACCGUGGCUUGAGCUGUAUAUAGCUGAAUACAGCUCAAAACGUAAUCUGACCAAAAUAUCGAGUGCAUUGUGGACACUUGCCCACAGAUAAGCAUGUGGAUUAGCAUUUUGUCAAAGCUCAGGAAGUAGGAAGGGGUGAGGGCAAGUUAUUUUUGAGGUGGAGGCGGUGAAACGAUUGUAGGUGGAUAGGGUUGCUACAUGUGCAGACACAUGUUGUGAACGUUGUUCCGAACGUUAAACGUUUACUGGGACGCUGCAUAGUUGAUUUUGGGUGAAGGCCAGAAUAUUAUUCUGGGCUAAUCAGAAUGCCGUUCCAGCGUAUUCGAUUUUAUUCUGACUUCCUUCCUAGAUUUUUUCUUGAGAAUGCUUGGCGAAGUGGAAAGUCACAUAUAACUGAUACAUUUGGUAAUAAGGAUUGUUCUUAAAUCUUGACUUAAAGAUUUCGUGACUGCAGGAAUUCUUAUUCUUCGAGUAUUUCGGUAAAGUCACGUAGAUAGGUAUAUUGUUCUUAAACUCAAUGGUGAGCUAAAUCAAUAAAGAUAAUCAUUGGUGCGUCACAUGCUUGUGCACGUGUAAAUGAUCAUGUCGGGAAGUGUAGGGUCUUAAAACUAAAUUUGGCCAUAUUAUUACAUGGCCUAAUCCAAAAAUAAAUUGAGUCAUAAUAUUGGCUGUGAAAACCUCUACGUUAAGAGAUAUUCUUGUUUAUAACAUUAUGAAAUGUAAUCUACAGUAUACUGUUUGAAAAAGUACCUAUAUAUACAUACACACAACAUAAAACAAAUUUAGACCGUAUUUUUUAUUUCCGAUUUAUUAGAAUAUAUAAUAAAUCCAUUUACUGCGGUAAAUUUUGGACAAUUUACAUGAAGCCAGCACUUAAUCAAAAAUUUCUAGAAAGCAUUGCAAAAACCACACACGUGAAAUAAGAUACACUGCUGUGGAAUUGUGGUGUGCGGCAAUGUUAGGGCGCCUGUACAGAAUUGAAAGAAUGUGCUCGAAGUGACAUUUCACCAACGUCAUUUGGCCCCUUAAUGGCAGAAAAAAAAUCGGCAAUCCAACAAAGUUUCGAUGUAAAGCUUUCGUGACUGCAGGGAAUCAUCUUCUUGGUUCUUUCGGUAAAGUCACGUAGAAGGGAAAUAAUAAAAUAAUUAAA